GAGACGGCGACCUAGAGCAGGCGAAAAGGAAGCGCCGGGAAAGCAAAAGCAGAAAGGACUCGGGCAAGGAAGGCUGGCGCCGGGACUCGUACUGGGAGGCGUACACCGAGAGAGCCGAGAGGCGCUACCGGGAGAGGUCAGUGAAGCGCAAGGUCAAGGACGCGGAGUCCCCCGACGACAAGUGGACGUUCCCGCUGGAGAGGAAGGCCAAAGUGCCCAUCCAGAAGGCGUCGGAGGAGUCUGAGGAGUCGGGGGACAGCGGCCCCGAGAAGCCCGAACUUCCCAAGCAAGCCAGGCUACCACUGCCGCGGCCCAGGAUCCGUUUCAGUUUCGCCCCCAGAUUGUCUCGCCGCUGGUCGCAGUGGUCGGCCACCGACACCCGUCCCCGCGACAGUGUGAUCAACGAGCUAGCGAAGAUGGGCGAUCCCGACCUCCUGGAAAUGGUGGAGCAGGAAGGGAGAAGAAACAGUAGAGAAUUCAUCUAUAGUGUUGAAACGAGUGAUAGCCUGAGCAGCGCAGAAACCUGUUUUCUCAUCAAUGAAGAAAGAAUGCCUGCAAAGCGAUUCAAUUUGUUCCUGAAGCGGCGUCUUAUGUUUCAAAAAAGGGCACAAAGCAAAGAUUCUGUCUUCUUCCGUGAUGGAGUCAGGCAAAUUGAUUUUGUGCUUUCCUAUGUUGAUGACAUAAAGAAAGAUGCAGAGAUAAAGGCGGAAAGAAGAAAAGAGUUUGAACAAAAUCUCAGAAAAACAGGUCUUGAGUUGGAAAUUGAAGACAAAAGGGACUCAGAAGAUGGAAGAACUUAUUUUGUCAAGAUUCAUGCACCUUGGGAGGUACUAGUUACUUAUGCAGAAGUUUUGGGAAUCAAAAUGCCUGUUAAGGAGAGUGAUAUUCCCCGAACUGAGAACAGCCCUUUGCGUUAUAUGCUCGGGCCUGUGAGGCUCCCACAGGAAGUGAAGUUUCCUCGCCCUGAAUAUUUCACUGCCCAGUUCAGCAGACAUCGGCAGGAGCUCUUCCUCAUUGAAGAUGAAGCAACCUUCUUUCCAUCCUCAUCAAGAAACAGAAUUGUAUAUUAUAUUCUCUCACGGUGUCCUUUUGGCGUAGAAGAUGGGAAGAAAAGGUUUGGGAUUGAUAGACUGCUAACUUCUAAUACCUAUUCAUCUGCCUACCCACUCCAUGAUGGCCAAUAUUGGAAGCCAGCAGAAUCUCCCAGUACUGUCAAUGAAAGGUAUACACUUUAUCAGAAUUGGGCACGCUUUUCCUAUUUUUACAAGGAGCAGCCUUUAGAUUUAAUUAAGGACUAUUUUGGAGAAAAAAUUGGUAUCUAUUUUGUUUUCUUGGGAUUUUACACUGAAAUGCUUCUAAUUGCAGCUGUAGUUGGCUUAGCUUGUCUUAUUUAUGGGAUAUUAUUAAUGGAUUCUAACCAAACCAGUACUGACAUCUGUGACCCUGAAAUUGGAGGUCAAUUGAUCAUGUGCCCACUCUGUGAUCAAGUAUGUGAUUAUUGGAGACUAAAUAGUACCUGCUUGAGUUCAAAGUUGUCCCAUUUAUUUGAUAAUGAAUCUACAGUAUUCUUUGCAAUAUUCAUGGGAAUUUGGGUCACACUGUUUUUGGAGUUUUGGAAACAGCGACAGGCCAGAUUGGAAUAUGAGUGGGAUUUAGUGGACUUUGAAGAGGAACAGCAGCAGCUUCAACUGAGACCUGAAUUUGAAGCUAUGUGUAAACACAGGAAAAUGAACCCAGUGACAAAGGAAUUGGAACCUUACAUGCCUCUGUGGAAUCGUAUUCCAUGGUACUUUUUAUCAGGAGCCACAGUGACAUUCUGGAUGGCUCUUGUUGUCAGCAGCAUGGUAGCGGUGAUUGUGUACCGCCUGUCCGUCUUCGCUACAUUUGCUAGCUUCAUGGAAAGUGAGGCAACCUUACAGCAUGUUAAAGUUUACUUUACUCCUCAGUUAGCCACAUCACUCUCAGGAUCAUGCUUGAACUUUAUUGUCAUCUUGAUCUUGAAUUUCUUUUAUGAAAAGAUAUCUGCCUGGAUUACAAAAAUGGAAAUUCCUCGAACUUACCAGGAGUAUGAGAGCAGUCUUACUUUGAAAAUGUUCCUGUUUCAGUUUGUAAAUUAUUACUCAUCCUGCUUCUAUGUAGCUUUCUUUAAAGGAAAGUUUGUGGGCUAUCCUGGAAAAUACACAUAUUUGUUUAACGUGUGGAGAAGUGAAGAGUGUGAUCCUGGAGGCUGUCUAAUAGAAUUGACAACACAGAUGACCAUUGUAAUGACGGGGAAACAGAUCUUUGGAAACAUUAAAGAAGCCAUUUAUCCCUUGGUUUUUAAUUGGUGGAGACGCCGAAAAGCUCGGACCAACUCUGAGAAAUUGUACAGUCGCUGGGAGCAGGAUCAUGACCUUGAAACUUUUGGACAACUGGGGUUAUUCUAUGAAUACUUAGAAACAGUUAUCCAAUUUGGAUUUGUCACACUAUUUGUGGCCUCUUUUCCUUUGGCCCCUCUUCUUGCCCUUCUGAAUAACAUCAUAGAGAUCCGAGUGGAUGCCUGGAAACUUACUACUCAGUAUAGGAGACCUGUAGCUGCCAAAGCUCAUAGCAUAGGCGUUUGGCAAGACAUACUUUAUGGAAUGGCCGUUGUUUCUGUUGCAACUAAUGCUUUUAUUGUCGCGUUUACAUCAGACAUCAUCCCCCGUUUAGUGUACUACUACGCCUAUUCAACAAAUAUCACGCAUCCUUUGAAAGGAUAUGUCAAUAACAGUCUGUCGGUAUUCCUGAUAGCUGAUUUUCCAAACCACACUGCACCUUCGGAAAAACGAGAGUUCACCACUUGCAGGUACAGAGAUUAUAGAAACCCUCCUGAAGAUAAGGAUAAAUACAUUCAUAAUAUGCAAUUCUGGCAUGUCCUUGCUGCUAGGAUGACCUUCAUUAUAGUUAUGGAACACAUUGUGUUCUUGGUUAAAUUUUUGUUGGCCUGGAUGAUUCCUGAUGUUCCAAAAGAUGUUGAGGAGAGACUCAAACGAGAAAAGUUAAUGACUGUCAAGAUUCUCCAUGACUUUGAGCUCAAGAAAUUAAAAGAGAACUUGGGAAUUAAUUCAGAUCUAUUUUCCAAGCAAGUCAUGAUGGAAGAAAGCAAAGUACAGCUGGCUAAAUCAACAAUCUAAUCAGCAUAAUGAAAAAGCAGCUGGUUGCCUGUCUCACUCCAAUUUUUUUCUCUGGGUUUAGGGCCAGAGGCCAAAAGCCAUGUGUCAAUUUUACUCCUUUUUUUUUUUAACUCAAUUUUAUAUACUUUCAUAAGAGGCCAACUUUGUGAUAUUGUUCACAUAAUCCUCUGGUCCCUUCCCAGAUAUUGUUUUCUAGGGUCCUAUAAAUGAUUGUUGAAAGCACAUGUAGAAUCAGAUUAUGGGAAAUCAUGGUGUUUUGCAGUUCAGAAUGAAACACUGAACUGGGGCUGUCCCUUCUCCUUGCAGUGCAUCUGCACAUUUUUAUGGUCUUCUUUUGGGUUGCUUAUAUCUCCUCCCCAUCAAGAAAAAUGUUACAUAAAGAAAGGGAGCAGAGAGACCUCCUGAGUCACAUAAAUCCUGCCAUUUUAAAAUCUGCAAGUGAAACACCAAAAUCAGAUGACAUAAUAAAACUAGCAGGAGUUUGUUCCUGAAAUUGUCCAAUAAAAGUUAAACUCCAUCAUACUCCCAGAUACUUCUUCCAGGCAAAUGCAGAAUUCAUUUUUUUUCUAAAGACUAAAUGUUUGAGUUUCAACAGAGACUAACAACAAGUUACUUAAUGAUAAUACUUUGGUAACUAUAAUUUCUAGACUGUAGAUUGUCUUAUCUGGAAAACCACAUUACAAAGUUGUUAGGUCUUCAAGUGAGUGAAAGGUAUUGGAGAAAGUUACCUGUGUUUUCUUAGCAGUUAAAGAAUGCAUAUUUAUGUAUUCACUUCAAUCUAGAAAAUUGUUAAAGUUUUUUAAAUUACUUUUCUUCUGGAAUGCCUGUUUUGCAUCAUGAAGCCUUUUUGAACACAAGUUAUUUGUAUAAGCUAAGUAAAGUUAUUUAUGAAAUGCGGUCUAUUUGCUUAAAGGAGUUUUAACUCUUAAUAAGUUUACAGCAUUUUCAUAUCGGUGUAUCACUGUACACAAUGCCCAGUGCCUUGUUCCUAUGCCUUUGACACAUGAGAGAUCAUAUUAUUGGCUGUUGAUUUGACACAAUUUAUCAAAUAUAAACUUAUCUUAGAGAAAUGACCAAAAAGUUUAACACCAAGGGAAAAAUCAACAAAGUAAAAAUAAUGUGAUGGACUUGAUAGUCAAGUGAACAAUAUUUGUCAAAUUAUUCCUCUCAAAUUUAGACCUGUGUACAUGUACAACAAUUUUAGCUCUUAUUCUGUUUAACAAAGUAUUAUAUUUGUGUGUUACAACUAGAGAGAAAGAGAGAUGCAGUCUAAUUAUAUACCAUAUGAUUCUCUAGUUUCAAAUUACAGGUCAGUUCCAAAGGAAUAGUGUUUAUCACACACAAAGAAACUGUAUCACAAGAUUUUUUAAAGUAGUAUUUCUUAAUCUAAUGUAAAUGAAUUUUAUAGCAUUGCUAAUAUUAAAUAUAUGACAGAUGAACAAUAUUAACUACUGAUUAAUAUUAAGCAUUUAAAACUGGGGAUUAUGCAUUCUAUAAAACUGUAAGGCCAUUACCCCAGUAUUGGAAGAACCAAUUUGUCAUCCACUGGGCAUAUUUCAUGAACAUUUUUGGGUAACUUGAACUCAUAAUUGAAAGAUGAUUAUAUAUGUGGAGGAGAUAUAUUUCAUGCUUGAGAAAACCAGUCAGGGUUACCAUGAAAUAAGCCCCAGACACAAUAAUAUUAUUACCUUGUCAAAUCAAACUGCAUUAUUACAGUGAACAUUGUACACAAGUUCAUAUUGUUUCCUUCCUGGGUGCUGAUGAAAAUAAGGAAGAGCAUGGACUUUAAUUUCUUGGAUAUACAAUUUUAUUAUUUUAUUUUUAUGGCUUGAAGUAUUUAGAAGAGCGAGAUAGUAAGAUAAAGACAAAUUUAACUCAUAAAGUUACCUGUCCACUACAGCUUUAAAACAAAUGUACCCAAGUGUUGGGUUAAUAGAGAAUAUACGAAUAAACCAGCAAAAGAAGAAAUUGUUUUUAAGAUAAUUAAUUCUUAUGAUUGAUGGUACUUUCCUUUUAAAAUAUAUUGAUAUAUUCUUUGUAUUCACCUUGUGAUUUCUUACUGAGAAGUUUCUUCUUGUUUUAGAGAUUUUAAAAUUAAAUAUUGGUAUCACUUUCCUCAUAGUUUGCAAAUGAAAAUCAGAAGCCAAAUGUAUUCAAAUAUUUGUUUCAUCUAACCAAAUCCAUUGGUUUUUAUUGGAGGGCUGGAUUAAGAGCACCUGAACACCAAGUAUAACUUCAUGGUGAUCAGCAUUCGAGUUGUUUUUGUCCCUUAAUCAAAUUGAGGUCACUUUUUCUUUUCAGAAAUGUUCCAGGGAACAUUUGAGAUCUUAUGUGAAAUAAAAUGUUUCAGCCAAAAAAAGAAAACAAUAACACAUAACUCUUUUCAAAUGUUCUCUGUCAUUCUUACCUUCAUCAAUUUUUAUUUGCAUACAAGAAACAGAAUCCUUUAAAAUAUUUAUUUUAGAUGAAUCUAUCAAAAAGGAAGAGUCCUAAUUAAAUGCUCUCUUAAGUUUACUACAUCUCAUGGAUGUUCCUGGCUUUAACAUUCUUCUUUUAAGCCAAACUAUUAAGCAAGUUCUCCAGAGAAGAUGAGGAAAAAGAAGCAGAGCAAUGGAGGAGGAAGAAGGAAGUAUUUAUUCCUUUGGAUCCUGCUUGUGUUCCUUUAGGAGAGAGAGGUACUGUGCAGAUGCAUGGCCACUGUGGGUGGAAAGAAGCACCUCUCUCCCAUGUCAUCUUAUAAAAGUCGGAGAAAAACUAGAGAAACUUCAAGGAGACAACUAUUAUGUGUCAAAAGUAAAAGUUGGUUCCAAAAUAAUGCCAGGCCCUAUGAGAGUAGCUAUGGAUCUCUGGGAACUUACUCCCUUUGAGAGUGAGGAAUUUAUACUGCCCAUUCAUAAAGGCAAUCUAUUGUUUUAAAAGAACCUCUCAGGCUGGUCAUGGUGGCACACACCUGAAAUACCAGUAGCUCUGGAGACUGAGGCAUGAGGAUGGCAAGUCCAAAGCCAGCCUCAGCAACUUAGUGAGGCCCUAAGUAAUUUUACAAGACCCUGUUUAAAAUAACAAAAAGGUCUGGGGAUGUGGCUUGGUAGUUGAGAGCCCCUGGGUUCAAUCUUCGGUACCAAAAAAAGAAAGAAAGAAAAUAGAACCUGUCUCAUCUGUGUUUUGUGUCAGGAAUAGGGAAUAGCUCUUAUGUAAUUGAAGAUUAUAAAGGAAUGGCCUUACCAGAAGACCAUUGGUUGGACUGGAAGUAUGCCAUGAAGAAUCCUGUGACUAUUGUGUUGCUCUUUUUCUAGACACAUUUUUUACUGUUCAAUUUUCUGUGUAAUGAUUUUUAAGUAUAACUAUUCCAGCAUUAUGUAAAAAUUGAUAAGAAUGUUCAAAAGUAACAUGUAGUGUGGCUUAAUUUGUGUGAGAUGCAUGCUUCCAGUCCCCAAAAAUGUUUGACUAGAUUUCUCUGUUUGUGUGAGGUUGUAUGCCCUGGAACUAAUCCAUAAAAUAAGUGCUCCUUUUUGUUUUCUCUCUUUCUUUUUUCAGGAAGAGGAUACACAUGUAUGUAAAAAAUUUCUCUUAAGUAAUAUGUACAUAAAUUUCAAGAGACUUAAACUUGCUCAGUGAAUAAAGUGAUAUUAAAAUAAA